AUGAAGAGGCUCUUCAUCGAAUAUAAGAAGUUCGACUUGAUGAAGCCUCUCUUUGUGGCCCUCCAAAAGAAGGCACAUCUGACUGAGGCUGAAAAGAAGGCCCUGGCAAUCUCCAUCAACCUCGUCGAACCUGAGGAUCGCGACAUUCAGCUAUCAGCUGUCGAUAGUAUGAUCCACCGCCGUUCGUGUGGCAAAGAGGCCAGAAGCCUCGUCAGCUAUAAAUCCGACCCAGUGACCAAAUGGCUCAUCCUCAGGGACUGGGCAAUAGGCACAGGCCCUGUUCAAUACCAGGAGCUUCUCGCGGACCUCCAGUUCAUCAAAAGCAAUGCGUUCAAGACCUCAAGCGAGUAUGUCAACGCGUUCAACCUCCUCAAAGAGCGCCUCACCCUCCUAGGCCGCCAGGUCGACGAGGUCGAGUACCAACUAACAAGGGCUCAAAAGGGGAGGCAAAAGGACGAGCAAUUGAACCUGUUCUCACAAGGGCUAUUCAGCUGA